AAAUUUAAUUAAUACCAUAGUCAAAAUGCCAGUUGCUGACAUGUCUUUCUCUGAAGACAAAUUUGGACAGCGCCUGGAUAAAUGUAUAUCUGAUUCAAUAAUCAAAGGAUGUGGUGGUCUAGCGAUUGGAACUGUAGCUUCUUUGUUGUUCUUCAAAAGACGCAUGUGGCCGGCAUGGGUUGGCACGGGAUUUGGCAUUGGUGUGGCGUAUAGCACAUGCGAGAAGAGUAUAAGCUUAAUAAAAUGAAUGUUAUGAAUAGCCAUAUUUUAAUCGUGAAAAGGUCGACAUUUUAUCGAAAUAAAGUUUUAAGUCCCGAAAUGUUAUCCACGACAAGAUUGUGACAACAAGA